AUGGCCGGAUCAGGUAAAACGACCUUCAUGCAACGCAUCAACGCGCACCUCCACGGCCAACGCGACCCUCCCUACGUCAUUAACCUUGAUCCGGCUGUGCUCAACGUACCCUUCGAGAGCAACAUCGACAUUCGUGACUCUGUCAACUACAAGGAAGUCAUGAAGCAGUACAACCUCGGACCUAAUGGAGGAAUUUUAACAUCUCUAAACUUGUUCUCUACCAAGGUUGAUCAGAUCCUAAGUUUGCUAGAGAAGCGCACAGGCCCUGACCCGGCCAACCCGGCUAAGAAGCCUAUCAAUAAUAUUCUUGUUGACACACCCGGCCAAAUCGAAGUCUUCGUAUGGUCUGCCUCAGGCCAAAUCCUCCUCGAGUCACUUGCUUCCAGUUUCCCAACUGUCAUCGCCUACAUCAUCGACACGCCACGAACCGCAUCUACUAGCACCUUCAUGAGCAACAUGCUUUAUGCCUGCUCCAUUCUCUACAAGACAAAGCUUCCCAUGAUCCUAGUGUUCAACAAAACGGAUGUCAAGGACGCAAACUUUGCCAAGGAGUGGAUGACAGAUUACGAUGCUUUCCAAGCCGCCUUAUCUAACGACGAGGCAUCCAACGCAUUUGGUGGCGUCGAGGGUGAGGGUGCUGGCAGUGGUUACAUGAGUAGUCUCCUUAACUCUAUGAGCCUGAUGUUGGAAGAGUUCUAUACUCACCUCAGCGUGGUUGGAGUAUCAUCAAUGACAGGCGCCGGCAUCGAUGACUUCUUUACGGCAGUGAGGGAGAAAGCCGAGGACUUCAAGAAAGACUACCGCCCCGAGCUCGAGCGCAAGAGACAGGAGCGCGAAGAUAAGAAGCGCAAGGUCCGGCAGCAAGAACUUGACAAAAUGAUGAAGGGCAUGUCCAUGAGUUCGGACAAUAGCCGAAGUGGUGCGAUAGACAGGUUGCCUAAAGUGGAUGAUGAUGCAGAUAUGGAUGAAGAAAGCGACGGCGAAGAUGACGAUGACUACGCCGAUGUGGAUGAUGAAUACGACCGCGAGGGUCUGCAGUCGAGAUACGAGGCAGCUAUGACGGAUGGGAACCAGUCAACAUUGGAGAGUGAUGCAAGUUUUGCGAAGUUCCUACACACGCAGAGACAUGACUAG